UACGCCGCGGGAAAUCUCGCGACAUUUCGACCUAGCGACGCAGAGUGAGCGGCCAAGGCCUACAGGGGUGGCGGACCCGGGAGCCGGGAAGGAACUGGUUAGGCAGGGAGGGCGAGCGGGUGCCGCCUACGCGACCACGCGAACCACCCACCCAGACCCCAGAAGUGUGUGGACAGGCGGCCUUCCUGGCCGCUGAGUCGCAGCCCCCGAGUCGACGAGCUUCACCUGGGCCCGAGCGGGCUGUGUGACAGGUGCGCGGACCAGCGCGGCGCUCCGCCCGCCCGCCCGCCCGGCCCGCCCCCUCUAGACCUCGCCCGCCGGGCUCGGAAUGAGCUGCGGGCCCCAGCUGCGCGGCUCCAGCUCCGGGCGCCCGUCGCUGCCUCUGAGCGGCCGCCGCCCCUGAGGGAAGCAGGCAGGGAAGCCGCCGCUGACCCCGGGCAUGAGCCGGCCGCGGUGUCCGUUGCUGGACUAAGGCUCCGACAUGAACUUGCACCAGGUGCUGACCGGGGCUGUGAACCCCGGCGACCACUGCUUCUCCGUGGGCAGCGUCGGCGACCAGCGCUUCACGGCUUAUGCAUCUGGAUGUGACAUUGUUAUACUGGGAAGUGAUUUUGAAAGAUUACAAAUAAUCCCAGGAGCUAAACAUGGAAAUAUUCAAAUAGGAUGUGUAGACUGUUCAAUGCAACAAGGCAAGAUUGCAGCAUCCUAUGGAAAUGUUAUCUCUGUUUUUGAACCAGUUAUUCUACCGAAGCAAAAGAAAAAUUUGGAAUUAUAUAGUCAGUGGCAGAAAAAUGGUCAGUUUUUUCUGGAAUCAAUAGCGCACAAUAUAACUUGGGAUCCAGCAGGCAAUCGUCUUUUAACUGGUUCUAGCUGUUUACAACUCUGGUCCAAUGCUAUCUUGGAGAAGCCAACUGAAGAUGAAAAUCCAGAUAAAACAGGUCUUAACUUGGGGGAUUGGAGAUGCAUUUGGCAUUACAAAACUGCUUCUCAAAUUCAUUUAAUGAAAUUUUCACCAGAUGGAGAAUUUUUUGCCACCACUGGGAAGGAUGACUGUCUUUUAAAGGUAUGGUAUAAUGUAGAAAACUGGCGGACAACUGUUACGUCUCCAGAUAAAAGUUCAGAAAAACAAUCCCAAGGAGAAAUUGACUUUUCUUUUGUAUAUCUGGCCCAUCCUCGAGCUGUAAAUGGAUUUUCCUGGCGUAAAACAAGUAAAUAUAUGCCUAGGGCUUCUGUAUGCAAUGUACUGUUGACUUGCUGCAAAGAUAAUGUGUGUCGUCUUUGGGUAGAGACAUUUUUACCAAAUGACUGCUUACUUUAUGGAGGUGACAGCAAGCAUUGGACCGAGCCACUUAAUUUAACAAAUAAGUUCGAGAGAAAUGCUUCCAGUAAAGAACGAGUUCAAAACACUUUAGAUGUAAAUCUGAGACAUUUUCGUAGAGGUCGAAGGAGAUCCCUUGCACUUGUAGCACAUACCGGAUACCUGCCACAUCAGCAGGAUCCUCAUCACGUCCACAGGAACACUCCACUGCAUGCCAAUGCACUUUGCCACUUUCAUAUUGCAGCCAGCAUCAACCCAGCCACGGAUAUUCCACUUCUUCCUUCUAUUACAUCUCUAAGUCUAAGUGAAAAUGAAGAGAAGAGUGGACCUUUUGUGGUACACUGGCUAAACAAUAAAGAGUUACAUUUUACUUUGUCCAUGGAAGUCUUUCUACAGCAACUUAGAAAAAGUUUUGAACAACCAUCUUCUGAGGCCAGUGUGGAAGACUCUAAUCAAGCAGAUGUAAAAUCAGAUGAAGAAAUGGAUGAUGGUGUUGAUGAUCUGAAAAUAAAUCAUGAAAAAAAGGAAUUGAGUAGUGAUAAAAUGGUACCAAACUCAGGUUUUGUACCAUUACCAUCAGCUGCCAUUGAUCAUCAGAUUGAAGUACUUCUGUCUGAGUGGAGUAAAAAUGCAGAUAUGCUAUUCAGUAUUCAUCCCAUGGAUGGCUCUUUGCUGGUUUGGCAUGUGGAUUGGCUGGAUGAAUACCAGCCUGGUAUGUUUCGCCAAGUACAGGUGUCCUUUGUUUCCAGAAUUCCUGUAGCUUUUCCCACAGGUGAUGCGAACUCUCUCUGUAAAAGCAUAGUGAUGUACGCCUGUACCAAGAAUAUUGACUUGGCUCUUCAGCAAGGGAAACAAAAGCCUUCUAGUCUCACACGUUCCACAUCAAUGCUUAUCUCUUCUGGUUACAGUAAAUCAACUAAUAAUUUAAAAUUAAGUAUUUUUACCCCUAAUGUUAUGAUGAUUUCAAAGCAUGCUGAUGGCUCUCUGAAUCAGUGGCUAGUCAGUUUUGCUGAGGAAUCUGCUUUUUCUACAGUUCUCAGUAUUUCACACAAAUCUAGAUAUUGUGGUCAUCGCUUUCAUCUUAAUGAUUUAGCUUGCCAUUCAGUAUUACCAUUAUUGUUGACAACAUCACACCAUAAUGCAUUAAGGACACCAGAUGUUGAUAACCAAAAACAACCUCAUGAUCCUGUAAAUACUGAAGAUUUGGCACAACAGGAUAAAAGCACCAGUGAUGUGGCAUUUCAGGAUCCCAAUGCAGUUUAUAGUGAGCUAAUUCUUUGGAGGGUCGAUCCAGUUGGGCCAUUGUCUUUUUCUGGAGGUGUUUCUGAGCUUGCCCGGAUUAAUUCUCUUCAUGUUUCUGCAUUUUCCAAUGUGGCAUGGCUGCCCACUCUGAUACCCAGUUACUGUCUAGGUGCAUACUGCAACUCUCCUAGUGCUUGCUUCGUAGCAAGUGAUGGACAGUAUCUGAGAUUAUAUGAAGUAGUUGUUGAUGCCAAGAAACUUCUCUGUGAGCUUUCGAAUCCUGAAAUUUCUAAAUACGUUGGUGAAGUGUUUAACAUCGUAAGUCAACAAUCAACAGCCAGGCCAGGAUGCAUUAUCGCAUUAGAUCCUAUUACAAAACUUCAAGGCCGGAAAACACAGCUGCUUCAUGUUUUUCAAGAAGACUUCAUUUUGAAUAAUCUUGAGAAGAAAAAUAUGGGAAAAGACAGAAUAUUAUCUGAUGAAGGCAGCUCACCUAAUGGAUUUUCUGAAAAAUUCUACCUAAUUGUAAUAGAGUGCACUCAAGACAACCGCUCAUUGUUACACAUGUGGAAUUUACAUUUAAAGUCCAUUCCUGUCUCAUUGGAUGAAAAUAUAGAUACAAAAAUACCUGAAGCAGUUUGGCAGCCAGAAGAACAUUAUUCAUCUUCUCCAGAGAAAAUCCUGUCUCCUUUUUCACAGAAGUAUCAGGCUUGCAGAGCAAAUCUCCAGAGUACCAGCAAAUUGACUCUGUCUUCAGAAAUGGUUUAUAGCCAAGAGUUGCUUUUGCCACAAGGAGUUGAGAUAAUAAGUGUUAAGCCAUCAGCAGGUCAUCUGAGUUCUUCUUCCAUAUAUCCCAUAUGCAGUGCUCCCUAUUUAUUGGCAACUUCAUGCUCAGAUGAGAAAGUAAGAUUCUGGAGAUGCAAAGUAACAUAUGGAGAAGCUGCCACAUCAAAUAAUGGAAAAAUGGAUCUUGUAUACACUUGGGAGGAAUGGCCAUUACUUAUUGAAGAUGGACUUCAGAGCAAUAGUAGUAUUACUGUACCUGGUAGGCCUGUAGAAGUGAGCUGUGCACACACAAAUCGUUUAGCAGUAGCAUAUAAGCAGCCUGCAUCAAAUAGUAGACCUUCUCAGGACUUUGUUAUGCAUGUAAGCAUUUUUGAAUGUGAGUCUACAGGAGGUUCAUGUUGGGUCCUUGAACAGACAAUUCAUUUAGAUGAGUUAAAUACGGUGUUGGAUUCUGGCAUUAGCAUUGAUAGCAAUUUAGUGGCCUAUAAUAAGCAGGAGGUAUAUUUAUCCAGUAAAGAGAGUAUAACAUCAAACAUAAAGCAUUUAGUUCACUUAGAUUGGAUAUCUAGGGAAGAUGGUUCUCAUAUCUUGACUGUAGGAAUUGGAUCAAAACUUUUUAUGUAUGGACUCCUGGAUGGCAAGGUACAAGAACAGACUAGUAAGGAAAGCCUGGCACUUCCUCUCUGGGAGAGUACUAAAGUUGUGCCUCUUUCUAAGUUUGUACUGUUACGAAGUGUGGAUUUGGUUUCUUCUGUAGAAGGCUCUCCACCUUUUCCUGUUUCUUUAUCAUGGGUCCGGGAUGGCAUCCUGGUGGUAGGAAUGGAUUGUGAGAUGCAUGUAUAUUCCCAGUGGCAGCCAUCUUCUAAGCAAGAACCUGUUAUAACAGAUUCAUACAAUGGGAGCACUCCAUCUAUAAUAAGUUUAAUAAAACAGAGUAACUCAUCAAGUUCUGGAUUACAUCCUCCAAAGAAAACUCUGACUCGAUCUAUGACCAGUCUUGCACAGAAAAUCUGUGGAAAGAAAACUGCAUUUGAUCCUUCUGUGGACAUGGAAGAUUCAGGUCUUUUUGAAGCAGCUCAUGUUCUUUCCCCAACUUUACCUCAGUACCAUCCAUUGCAGCUUUUGGAACUCAUGGAUCUGGGCAAAGUUCGAAGAGCAAAGGCCAUCUUGUCACAUCUUGUCAAGUGCAUUGCUGGAGAAGUUGUGGCCCUGAAUGAAACUGAAUCUUGUCAUGAGCGCCGCCUUAGGUCUCUCACCAUCAGUGCCAGUGGAAGCACCACCAGAGACCCUCAGACAUUCAACAAGAGUGAAAAUACAGAUUACACAGAAAUAGAUUCUGUUCCUCCACUUCCUUUAUAUGCCUUACUUGCGGCAGAUGAUGAUAGCUGUUACUCAUCUUUGGAGAAAUCUAGUAAUCAGAGUACCUUGAAUAACUCAAACCAGUUAUCAAAAGAAAAUUAUGAUGAGCUUUUUCAGAUUUCAGCUCUAAUGACUGAUAGUAAUGUGUUAGAGACAGAUGAAGAAAAUACAAAGCCCAGGGUUAUUGACCUUUCACAAUAUAGUCCAACUUACUUUGGUCCUGAGCAUGCUCAGGUUCUUUCUGGCCACUUACUUUAUUCUAGUUUACCAGGACUCAGCAGGAUGGAGCAGAUGUCUUUGAUGGCGUUAGCAGAUACAAUUGCAACUACCAGCACUGAUAUUGGAGAAAGCAGAGACAGAAGCCAAGGUGGAGAAACUCUUGACGAAUGUGGGUUAAAAUUUCUUUUGGCUGUUCGACAACAUACUUUUCUUACAACUUCCCUUCCAGCUUAUCGAGCUCAACUCCUUCACCAAGGCCUGUCUACUAGUCAUUUUGCCUGGGCAUUUCACUCAGUAGCAGAAGAAGAACUGCUGAACAUGUUGCCAACAAUGCAGAAAGACAAUCCUACUUGGUCUGAACUGAGAGCUAUGGGUGUGGGAUGGUGGGUCCGGAAUAUUUGCAUUUUACGCAAAUGCAUAGAAAAGGUAGCCAAAGCAGCCUUUUAUAGAAAGAACGAUCCUUUAGAUGCUGCCAUUUUCUACCUUGCAAUGAAAAAGAAAGCAGUGAUUUGGGGAUUAUAUAGAUCCCAAAAAGAUACCAAGAUGACACAGUUUUUUGGACACAAUUUUGAAGAUGAGAGAUGGCGUAAAGCAGCUUUAAAAAAUGCUUUUUCUUUGUUAGGCAAACAGAGAUUUGAACAUUCUGCAGCAUUUUUUCUUUUAGCUGGUUGCCUCAGAGAUGCAAUUGAGGUAUGUCUUGAGAAACUGAAUGAUAUUCAGUUGGCUCUUGUAAUAGCAAGGCUAUAUGAGUCUGAAUUUGAUAAAUCUGCAACAUAUAAGUCUAUUUUGUGUAAAAAAAUUUUGGGAAUUCUUUCUCCUAUCAAUGAACUCAAUUCAUUGAACAUCAAUAUGCAUUAUGAUCCUUUUCUUCGGAGUAUGGCAUAUUGGAUUUUGGAAGAUUAUGGUAGUGCACUGGAAACAUUAAUAAAGCAACCUGUCAGAGAGGAUGAUGAUCAAGUCACGAUGUCAGCCUGUAAUCCUGCAGUUUUUAACUUCUACAAUUAUCUAAGAACACAUCCUCUUUUGUUGAGACGUCAUUUUGGAUCAUCUGAUGCAUUUUCCACACAUAUGAAUUUAACAGGAAAAAGUGGACUGGCAGGAACAAUUAAUUUAAGUGAAAGAAGAUUAUUUUUUACUACUGCCUGUGCUCAUUUAAAAGCUGGCUGCCCCAUGUUGGCUUUGGAAGUAUUAUCAAAGUUACCAAAAGUCAUUAAGAAGAAAAAACCUUUUAGUAGAACAUCUAAUUUUAUGGAUACUAGUAAAGACUGUUCUCCAACUUCUCCAUUAAAAUUGGAUGCCAGGGAAGAUAAGUCUUCUGCUAUUGAUUGGUCACAGUCACUUAUGAAUGGUUUUGGAUCUUCUUCAGAGGGUUCCUCAGAGAAGCAGUCAAACUCCACUCUUUCUUUUGAUUGGAGCCAACCAAGUGUUGUAUUUCAGGAUGACUCUUUAGAAUUAAAAUGGGACAGUGAUAAUGAUGAAGAAAAUGAGGAUCUCCCUAUUUCAAUGAAAGAACUAAAACCUUCAAAGGAAAAAAUAGGAAAAAAAAUAGAUGAAACGAGUUCUAAUUACACAGAAUCUCUCAGCAUGUUAGAUGAAAAUGACAUUUUAAGUCCAUCAGAAGAUAUAAUAGCAGUUCAGUUAAAAUUUAGAGCAUGUUUAAAGAUUCUCACAGGAGAACUUCGUACUUUAUCUACUGGCUAUGAAAUAGAUGGUGGAAAAUUGCGUUACCAACUAUAUCAUUGGCUUGAAAAGGAGAUGAUAGCUCUCCAGAAGACUUGUAACUAUUGUUCAGAUGAUGAAGAAUUACAGUCUGCAUUUGGUGCAAAUGGAGAUGAAUUGGAAAUAAAUGAAGAUGCUGAAGAUUUGCUUCAUGAAAAAAAAGUGAAACAACUGAGAGAAAAUUUUCAGGAAAAAAGACAAUGGCUUUUGAAAUAUCAGUCACUGUUGAGAAUGUUUCUUAGUUACUGCAUACUUCAUGGAUCCCAUGGUGGGGGUCUUGCUUCUGUGAGAAUGGAAUUGAUUUUGCUUUUACAAGAAUCUCAGCAGGAAACAUCAGAACCAAUAUUUCCUAGCUCUCUGUCAGAGCAAACUUCAGUACCUCUCCUCUUUGCUUGUACAGCCAGUGCCAAAACAGUAGUUGCCAAUCCAUUAUUGCACCUUAGUAAUCUAACACAUGAUAUUCUACAUGCCAUAAUAAACUUUGAUUCACCACCCCAUCCAGAUAUUCAAAGCAAUAAAGUGUAUGUAAUGCAUACUUUAGCAGCCUCACUUUCUGCUUGUAUAUAUCAGUGCCUUUGUGGUAAUCAUAACUACAGCUCAUUUCAAACAAAUCAGUUUACUGGAAUGGUGUAUCAGACAGUACUGCUUCCCCAUCGACAUUCUUUGAAAACAGGAAGCUUAGAUGAAGCAAUAACCCCCACUACAUCACCAGCUCAGUGGCCAGGAAUAACUUCUCUAAUUCGACUUUUGAAUUCUUCUGGUGAGGAAGCCCACUCAGGGCUUACAAUUUUGCUCUGUGAAAUUCUCACAGCAGUGUAUCUUAGUCUCUUCAUCCAUGGCUUGGCAACACAUUCUAGUAAUGAACUAUUUCGGAUUGUGGCACAUCCUCUAAAUGAAAAAAUGUGGUCUGCUGUAUUUGGUGGAGGUGCACGUGUUUCCAGCAAAGAACAGACACACUCAAAAGCAUUACCCGUUUCUUCUCUAGUGGAAGAAGGAGAGAAACAGAACACACGUUUUAGGCCAUCAAAAGUGUCUGGCAGAGAAUCUACCCCAGCAACCUCUUCCUCACCGCCAGUAAGUCAGGAGUCGUUGACAGUCAAAGAGAAGUUCAUCCCACCUGAGCUCAGUAUCUGGGACUAUUUCAUAGCCAAGCCUUUUUUACCCCCUUCCCUAAGUAGAGAAUAUGAUUCAGAGGAGAGUGUGGACAGUGAUGAUGAUGAUGAUUAUGAUGAUGAUAAUGAUGUUUCAGCUUCAGAUUUUCAUCUCCAAGAGCAUUCUAAUUCAAAUUCAUACAGUUGGUCAUUGAUGCGCUUGGCAAUGGUGCAAUUGGUACUCAACAACUUGAAGACUUUCUAUCCGUUUGCAGGUCAUGAUCUUGCAGAGCUUCCUGUUAGUUCACCACUUUGUCACGCAGUUCUAAAAACUCUUCAAUGUUGGGAGCAAGUUCUUCUCCGACGACUUGAAGUCCAUGGUGGGCCCCCUCAAAACUAUAUUGCAAGUUAUACUUCUGAAGAGAGUUUGUCUGCAGGUCCUGCAAUUCUCCGCCACAAAGCUUUGCUGGAACCUACAAAUACUCCUUUCAAAUCCAAACACCACCUGGCACUGUCUGUGAAAAGACUUUGGCAGUACUUGGUGAAGCAAGAAGAAAUUCAGGAAACCUUUAUCAGAAAUAUAUUUACAAAGAAAAGGUGCCUAAAUGAGUCAUUAGAGGACAACUGUGAAACCAUCAAAAAUUCUAUGAUGGCGGAGCCAAACAUCAAUAAGAUAGAAGCAGAUUUGGGAUAUCCUGGAGGUAAAGCAAGAAUUAUUCAUAAGGAAUCUGAUAUCAUUACUGCCUUUGCUGUUAAUAAAGCAAAUAGAAACUGCGUAGCAAUUGCUUCAAGCCAUGAUGUUCAAGAACUGGAUGUUUCUGGAAUUCUGGCUACACAGAUCUAUACUUGGGUGGAUGAUGAUAUAGAAAUGGAAACCAAAGGGUCAGAAGAUUUCUUGGUUAUACGUGCUCAUGAUGAUUUAACAACUGUGCAAGGUACAACCCCAUAUACACAUAGCAAUCCUGGCACUCCAAUCAACAUGCCAUGGCUUGGUAGUACACAGACUGGCAGAGGAGCAUCCGUGAUGAUUAAGAAAGCCAUUAAUAAUGUCAGAAGAAUGACUUCUCACCCUACUCUUCCUUACUAUCUGACAGGAGCUCAGGAUGGAAGUGUCAGAAUGUUUGAAUGGGGCCAUUCUCAACAGAUAACCUGCUUUCGAUCUGGCGGCAAUUCAAGAGUUACAAGAAUGAGAUUUAACUACCAGGGAAAUAAGUUUGGAAUAGUUGAUGCUGAUGGAUAUUUAAGUUUGUAUCAAACAAACUGGAAAUGUUGUCCAGUCACUGGAAGCAUGCCUAAGCCAUACCUGACUUGGCAGUGUCAUAACAAAACAGCCAAUGACUUUGUCUUCAUUAGUUCCUCCUCUCUAAUAGCUACAGCUGGUCUUUCAACUGACAAUAGAAACAUAUGUUUGUGGGAUACUCUUGUAGCAUCUGCCAAUAGUUUAGUUCAUGCUUUUAUUUGCCAUGAUAGUGGAGCCACUGUUUUAGCAUAUGCUCCAAAACAUCAGCUACUAAUAUCAUGUGGCAGAAAAGGAUUUACAUGUGUCUUUGACCUUCAGCAACGACAACAAAGGCAGCUUUUCCAGAGCCAUGAUUCUCCUGUUAAAGCUGUUGCUAUUGAUCCAACUGAAGAGUACUUUGUUACAGGAUCUGCUGAAGGCAGCAUAAAGAUUUGGAAUCUCUCUACCUUUAGUCUUCUUCACACUUUUAUCAGUGAACAUGCUCGGCAAUCCAUUUUCAGAAAUAUCGGAACGGGAGUGAUGCAAAUUGAGACAGGGCCAGCAAAUCACAUUUUUUCAUGUGGAGCUGAUGGAACAAUGAAAAUGAGGAUACUGCCGGAUCAGUUUAGCCCAUUAAAUGAAGUAUUGAAACAUGAUGUGAAAUUUAUGUUGUAACAUUUUGACAAUAAGAUCUAUAAUUUAUUACCUAUUCCAUAGAAGUGGCCAACACAUAUAAUGUACAUUGAUUACUCUCAAUGCCACAAAUAAGCUAAUGCUUUCUUGUUUCCAUAUUUAUUUUAUGGAGCUUUGCCCUUGAUGCACUGAUGCCUUAAAAAUUAACAAGGUCAUUCAGAAUUAGACUCUGUUGCCCAAACUAGAAUGUAUAAGUAAUGCUGUAAUAUUACAUAUUUAUAGUGUGUUAUAGUGAGGAUGUCACAGUGUCAAAUGAGUUUUGUUUUCUUAUGGUUGACAAAGUCUUCUGCAGAUACCUCUGCAUGAAUUUCUUCCACAGUAAAAUACCUUUUAUAUAAAGGCAGUUGCAUAUCCAUCAUCACUUAAUUCACCAUACUCUUAGUUCCUUUUUCAAACUUAUACAUCUCAAACUUUUCUUCUCUUAACUAAUGAUAGAUUGAUAUUUGAGUAAGAAUCAAAAAAAUAAUGUACAUCUCCAUUAAAACUAUUAUUGGGACUUAAGUGAUAAAUGAGCCAAGUGGCUCAUUAUGUAAAUUUUCAAGUUUCCCUACUGGAGCCCAAGUGUGGGUAUGUAUGUAUGUGUGUGCGUGUGUGUGCGUGCGUGCGCGUGUGUGUGUGUGUGUGUGUGUGUGUGUGUGUGUGGUUGUGUGUAUAUAUGUAAUAUACCUUGCACAUCUUAUUUGAACUUACUUUGUGUAUAUAUGAGAAAAAUACAAGUCUUUUCAUGUGUUUUUGCGCCAUAAUAACUACUACCACCAGAAUAACAACUUUUUUUGCAGCUAUUUGUUUUCAUGUUCUUUUUAAAAAAUUUUUUGAAUUCCCAUCGGAUUUUCACAUAAAUUUCAGGAAGACUUCCUGGAUUAUUAUUUUAAAGAUUACAUUAAGUCAAAUAUGUCUUAGCAGGCAAUAAUAAUUCUGUGUUCAUAUGUAUGAGACACUUAAAAGUAAGUUUAUAAAUUUAUGAAAGGAUUUUUUGAGCAUCAAACAUUUUAGUUAAAUUUUAUUUUUUAGGUGCUUUUAGUCUCAAAAUUUCUGAAAACCUUAUAGCAGUGUUUUUAAAAACAAAUGUGAAAACAGUCAAAUUAAAUAUAUAGUAUUUACAAGUGUAAAAUACCUGCCAGAUCUACCAUUAAUAGAAAAUAAACUGAACCUUAUAUUUUAUUAUUUUUGCCAAAAUAUUAUUUUAUUAUAAAAUAUGACCAAAAUAUUAAAAAUGCAGUGCUUUUAACUUAGAUGUGCUAACUCUAUUUCUCUCUGUUUUGCUAUAACUUUUCUGAUUCAAAAUUAUAGAAAACUUGAUAAAUACUUGAUUUUAACCAAGGAGAGAGGCAGGUGGAACUAAGUGUUUGAGGGACAAUUAUAUGCUAUUGAGCUUAAAUAUAUUUUGUUAAUAGGGACUAUAAGAACAUUUUUAUGUAACAAAGUAUGAACAGCUAUUAUCUUGGAAAUUAAAGAGUGAAAUAAAACAAAGAAAUGAAGGGCUGGUAAAAUGAAUUUUGUAAUAUCCUCAGGAUACUUUUAUCUUAAAAGUAUAUUGUUAAAGAUUUUGUAAAUUGUAUUCAUAAUUUUAAAUGUGUUGAGCAAGUUGCAGUGAAAAUACUGUCAUUAUGUAGAGAGUUUAUGUGCACAUAAUAACCUGUACCAUAAAUUGUGCAGUAACAACACGUGACUGUUGCCAUGGAGGAAUCUGUGACAGCAUUGCAAACAAUACCAUUGUUUGAUGUAGUUAAGCUUAAAUUAUUUUUUAGUAAUUUCUUCAAAAAUCAAGACUCAAAAGGCUUUAAACACUUUUAAUAAGAGAAAAUUUAUUAUUAUGCUUAGAAAAAAGGCAUUGUGGGUGAACUAUUAUGCAUUUUAAUGGAGGGUUUAUAUGAAUAAUAAAUUAUGUAAGCCCAUAUGUAAUUACAUCCAGAGUCAUAAUAUUUUAAAUAAACAAUCAUGCAGUGA